CAGAUACAGAUCUUCAUUUCAGUGAGUGAUAGACAGACCUAAAGAUGCGAUCCCAAUUCGUCCUCGCCUUCGGCCUAGUGGCACUCGUGGCGGUUGCAUAUGCUGCCACAACCGAUCCAUCGUCGUCGACUACGCCUACCUCUUCUUCAACCACUACUCCAUCAUCUUCCUCAACUACUACGACUCCUUCAUCUUCCUCAACUACUACUCCAACAUCUUCCUCAACUACAACGACUCCUUCAACUUCGUCGACCCCCAGCUCUACGACUUCGUCUACAAGUCCUUCCACUACGUCCUCUUCGACACCGUCCACAAGUACUUCCUCGACUACACCAACUACCUCGACAACAUCAAGCUCCUCUUCUAGUGACAGCACAUCUGAGGAGAAAAAGCUGAAGCGCAGGAUUCGCAGGCUGCGGCGCCAGGAGAGACGCCUAAGGAGGCGUGAGGAGAGGCAGAGAGAGCGGCGUGAGGAGAGGCGUGAGGAGAGGCGUGAGGAGAGGAGCGCAGGAAGGAGGCGCAACCGUAGGGGUUAAGGAUUCAAAAAUGAACUUCUGACAAUAAUGUAUCGUGCAAAGAAAUAAAAUGGUUAAAAGUGAA